CAGCAGCGAAACUGAAGCACACCACCACCAACACACACAAACUCAGAAGGGGAAAUACUCGCUCAUCUGGCCUCUGAACUUCCCAGACGAAGGGGGAGAUAUUAGUUAUACCUUCAAGAUUAUGGCGAAACGCCACCGAUACCACGCGGCGGCUGACUGGUGAAACUUCACAGAUUUACACUUUUGUGGCCAGCGGCCGUUUCCGGAAUCAAACGCUCAAGCCAGCGAACAUUCGAAUGGAACAUUCCGAGGACUUUAAAACGAACUCAAGCGGAAAUUAAUCUGGGAAAUAGCGCGAGUGUGGACUUUACUGGACUGGAUGACAGACAAGUUUUGGAUCCUCAGUUUGGUGUCGGAUGUGUUGUCCGCCAUGUUGGUGAGGUCCAGUUCUGCGGUUCCCACGACGACAGCGGCGGCCAUCUUGGGUGGGGCAGUACCUGCAGUGGGCGUGGCUCUCUGGUCUCAGCCAAUCAGAAGUCUGGCCGGAGUGCUAUAAUGCCCGGACCCCCGAGGACCCCACCUGCCAUCUGCUUUCUAAUCAGGCACCUAAAGAGACACCUCAGGCUGACCUGACCAGACCUGACACACACUCACACACUUAAAGAGGACUGAACAGCCUCACACACACACACACACACACACACACACACACACACACUUAAAGAGGACUGAACAGCCUCACACACACACACACACACACACACACACACACACACACACACACACACAAAUGUUACCUAUCUGACACACACACACACACACACACACACACACACACACACACACACACACACACAUUUUCAAACCGUCCCAUUGACACACUUUGUGUGAGAGUGGGCGAGUCUUGUUUGUAUCACAUGCUCAGCCCCUACCUCAGGCUCCACCCCCUUGACCUCUGAGCCCUGAGCUGCGUUGCCAUGGCGUUCGUGAAGUUCUUCUCUCGGCGUCCGGCGCGGGGCAACCUGAAUAAGGGCUACCAGCCGGGUAGCAUGCUCUCUCUGGCGCCCUCUAAAGGGCUACUCAACCAGCCGGGACAGAACUCCUGCUUCCUCAACUCAGCUGUACAGGUCUUGUGGCAUCUGGAUAUCUUCCGCAGGAGUUUACGCCAGAUACCAAACCACUACUGUCUGGGAGACUCCUGCAUAUUCUGUGCUCUCAAGAGCAUCUUUAGUCAGUUUCAGCAUAGUCGUGAGCGUGCGUUGGCCUCUGACAGCCUGAGGAUCGCGCUGGCCGAGACCUUUAAGGACGAACAGAGAUUCCAGCUGGGCUUCAUGGACGAUGCAGCUGAGUGCUUCGAGAACAUUUUGGAGCGUAUCCAUCUCCACAUCGUGUCGGCUGAAACGGACUGUUGCACCUCCCAGACGUGCAUCACACACCAGAAGUUCGCACUCACGCUCUACGAACAGGCUGUGUGUCGUAGCUGUGGAGCGUCGUCUGAUCCGCUGCCCUUCACUGAACUCGUGCAUUACAUCUCAACCACCGCACUAUGUCAGCAGGCGUAUGACGCUCGUGAGGAUUGUGUGUUUGGGGAGCUGCUGCAAGCUGCCAGCACCGUUGGGGACCUCCGGACCUGCCCGAGUAAGUGUGGUCAGCGUGUGUGUGUGCGUCGUGUCCUCAUGAACGCUCCGGAGAUCGUCACCAUCGGCUUCGUUUGGGACUCGGAGCAGUCGGACCUCACUGAAGACGUCAUCAAAACACUCGGACCAGAACUCACACUCUCCAGCUUAUUCUUCCAGGUGAUGGACGAGGGUGCGAAGGCCUCCGCUCUCCUGCUGGUCGGCAUGAUCUGUUUCUCCAGUCGCCACUACUGCGCCUUCACAUACCACACCAAGAGCCAGAAGUGGGUGUUCUUCGACGACGCCACUGUCAAAGAGGUGGGUACUCGGUGGAGAGAUGUGGUCUCCAAGUGCAUUAAGGGCCAUUUCCAGCCGCUGCUGCUCUUCUACUCCAACCCUGAUGGGGGCGCUAUAGUGGCAGAGGAGCGAAGGAACAACAACAACAACACUCAGGACACAGAAUCCUCUGCUGGGGGUACGAAGCUUCUAGAACUGACGCGUGAGAACGUGAGCGCUCUGCUGUCGUCACACGGAACACUGAAGGGCAAGAAGAAUCCAUUCAGCCGCAGCGCAGGCAGAGGACCAGUUAAGAUGUCUGACCCGCGUGCUCGCUUGAGAGAGUUGGCCCAGAAAGCCGGAGAGCUGAGAAGCGCCAACGUCCAGAAGAAAGACUCACAACGAUCAGAAGAAAACAGAGGUGAGCGUGUGUUGUCGCGUUCUCUGUCGCCCCCUGGUGAUGGCUUCAGGGAGCACAUGGAGAAGAGGCUGUAUGCCAGCCAGGGCCGCGGGCCCUCGAGACAGGGGCACACACACACUCACUCUCACACACACUCACACUCACACACUCGCGAGGGACGCCCGCGCUCACACUCCCACGAGCCGUACACACACGCGCCGGACAUACCCACACACCGCACACACACACGCGAGCGCGACACACACUCCCGGGCCCCGGACACGCGAUCACACACGCACGAAUCGCGAUCUCGCGCACAAGAAUCGCAAACUCACACGCACGAGUCUCGAUCUCACUCCCGGCUUCCUUUGCCCCUCCCCCACUCCAGUAGCUCCUCCUCUUCCUCUAGCGGGGGCACCAAUCGGAGCAGAGGGGCAGGGUUUGUUAAUGCUAACGCUAACGGCUACGACACGGACAGCAGCAGUCAGGACUCUCGCAGUCGUCACCAUGGAUACGCCUCCUCUUCCUCUUCCUCCUCUUGGACACGCCCCCCUCGCGCCUGGCGGCCAAUGAGAGAAGCCCUCAACGUGGACAGUGUUCUCAGCAGCCAACCAGAGGGAGAGGGCAGCCCUCGCGGCAGGCGGACGCCGGCCAAUCAGGAGCGAGCUGGGGAGCGCGAGCAGAGCAGCAGGGGGCGGGACGAGAGGGAUAGGCGGGGCUUGAUGACCAUAUACGAGGACGAGCGACGCCCCCAGCACAGCAGGAACCAAUCAGGGGAGAGGAGACAGCGGAGCCAGAGCCAAUUGGAGGAGCGAUGGCAGCAGGGUAGCGAAUCAGAGCAGAGGAGACCGCGCAGCAGUAGCCACACCUCCUCAUCCCUCGACUCACCGGACACACCUUACUCAACACAGGUGGGUCAGAUCCAGCGUACAGAGUCUGGCUACGAAAGCAGCGACCGGCUGAGCAACACACUGGACUCACCCGACACACACAGAGAGCCACAUAGACGGUUUGAGGACUCCAAUCCAGACAUGAUACACACAGCAUUCACCUACGGUCAUCCAGCCCAUGACCAGCGACCCAACACCAACUUACUCAGGCAGCGGGCGUUCCGCUACACCCCCAGAGGAGAGGGUUUGUGUGAGGAUGAGUCUGUGCCCCCCCACACACACUCUCACACACACUCUCACACACACUUCAGCAGCAGCUCGGAGGAUGCCAGCGAGGACGAGGGAGAAGAGAUUGACCACACCCCUCGACACCAUCACCAUGGCGAUGUAGACCACUCCCCCCGGCCCCAUCGCCACACGUCAUAUCUGGCUCCUCCUACUCUGCCCAAGCCCCGCCCCUUAUCACCAGCCCUCCCAAGGACCAAUCAAACCUCGCACAGUGCCAAUUACUCCCUGGCCCCUCCUACUCUGCCUAAACCCCGCCCCUUAUCCCCGGCGCUCCUCUGGACCAAUAGAAACGGCCGCUGGGUGGAGUCUCCCACAGAGUCCCUCCCCCUUCCCUCAGACGCCAGCUCUCGCUCUCCAUCUCCCGCACGCUCUGAUUGGUCAGAAGAGGAGGGGGCGUCGCCACAGCCGGCCAUUCAGGAAGAGGAAGAGGAGGAAGAUGAGGAGGAGGAGCCAUUAUUGCCGUCUAGACACAACAUAUCAAACCACACCCCCAACAUGUCCAGCCACGCCUCCUCAGUGCCUAUUCCCACCCCCAUUAUCCCUCCUGCCUCUGCCCUUCCCAACAUGGCUGCUCCUGCCCUUCCCAACAUGGCUGCUCCUGCUCCUGCCCUUCCCAACAUGGCUCCUCCUGCUCCUGCCCUUCCCAACAUGGCUGCUCCUCCUGCCCUUCCCAACAUGGCUGCUGCCUCUGCCCUUCCCAACAUGGCUGCUAAUGCCCUUCCCAACAUGGCUGCUCCUGCCCUUCCCAACAUUGCUGCUCCUGCCCUUCCCAACAUGGCUGCUCCUGCCCUUCCCAACAUGGCUGCUCCCAUCAGCACCUUCUCGGUGGACAGCUGCAUGAGUGACACCUACCGCCUGAAGUACCACAAGCCCAGACCAGGCCUGCCCUUCAUGACGGACAUCCAGGGGGAGGGGCAACCGGCGCCAGGGGAGGGGCAACAGCCGGCGCCAGGGGAG